CACCUCUAUCUCAGCUUGAUUCAGACCUGAGAGUAUUCCCUCUACAUAUAAACUAUUCGCUUCGAAGGCUACGGAACUAGCACACCAAUACAUCUACUCCAACAGAGCUGCUCGUCCCUGUCGCAUUCCUGUCUAGGCUCUCAUCUUUGUAUCUGUUCGAUAGAACGCGCAUUCUACUGCUUCACCACCAUCACCACACACACACAACACCUGUGAGAUGACUCUAGAAGGAGAAACUGCGGUUCACUCACCGCCGCAGUAUGCGGCGAGCCCUCCUCAAAGACCCAGAGGAAUUCUCAAGAAUAGCGACUCCUUCAAACGCACCGCAUCUCAGACCUCCCCACCCGUCACUGCCGCACCUCUUGAAGCUAUCCCUUCCACAGAGCGGCCGGAUCUCGAGCGCCAACUCACCGAGAAAGAAAUAGUCAUGCAAAACACCAUGCAAAACGCCGGCCCACACCGCCGCUCGUCUUCAAACCCGCGUGGUCCAGCCUCACGCCGUCAAUCUGGUACACCAAACAUCGCAGACGAGAACUCUCCACGCCUUAAAUGGGACGAAGCGAACCUGUACCUCAACGAGCAGCAGCAGGACUCUACAAUGAAGAUCACGGAGCCCAAAACACCGUAUGCCAAGCAGUAUGAUCCGUCGGAGGAUGAGGAGGAGAUUAGCAUGUUGGACGCGAACCAGCUCAAUGUUGACGAAUUAGACUCGAAGAAGACCGGGAAGACUGCUACCCACGAGGACGAUAUACCGGGAUUAGACAUUGGUGAGCCGGAAAUUGACGACCCAAUGGACCAUGACGGAGAGAAAAAGGUGCUUGUAGAUGAAGAGAGCCUUGCGGCACAGAAAGAGGAGGAAAUGAAGCAUUGGACUCCCGAAGAGAAGGAGAAACACAGGAAGUUCGAGGAAACGCGGAGGAAACAUUAUGAAAUGAAAAAUGUUAAGGAUCUGCUAGGACAUCCAGAAAACAUUGACGAAGACGAAGAUGAGGAGGGUGAUCUUCCUCAAAUGCCAAACGGCCAGUAGAUAUUGGAUCUCACACCCACAUGGAAGGGUACGGUUGAAGAAAGGCUAAGAGGCGUACGGCGCAAGCUGGAGGUCUAUUAUAGCGGAAUUGCUGCAAUUGCCUUCUGAUCAGUGCAAGCAGAUUUACUGUCCUUAUCACGUAUAGGUUCAUUCAUCAUUCUCUCGAUUACGACACGUAGUACUGUCAGCUAUGAAAGCAAGAAUAGUCUAGGUAUGUAGGGUAAGCUGAAACACAGAACAUCUUUAGCAAGCCUAUCGUCACUCUACGUAUGUCGAUCUACUUGACCUCGGACCUAAUUUGUCAUUCUGAUUCCUAACACCGGCAACACCGCGAGACUCGUCUAUCAACUUCAUCCCGUAUAGCGCCCGCACCAAGCAUUACCCAUUGCAUGUUCAACCGCUGUG